CAUAUAGCUAUUUGUCACACACAGUUUUCAACAUUGACAUCUUUUUGGAAAAUCAAACGACGAAGCUCGUAGUUAUCAUCAGCUUCAAAACAAAAGUGACGUUUACAAAAUCUUGUUGGUGUCUUUAAUUUUGCGAUAAUUUUGCCACGCACCAUGGGAGAUACUCAAACUCCUAAUGUUGAUUCAACAAAACCCGGUCCAGGGGAUGAAUGCCAACCAGAGGAGGACCGGCGGCUCUUUGGAGGCUUAGAAUUUCAAGUUUCUGAAGUAGUCGGACGAUUAGAAGCCGUAGUCAAUUCUCAGGAAUCCCAAGAAAGCAUGGAAGAGGAAGAAAAGAAGCCAGAACCGCGAAAAAUCAGCGGCAAUUACUUUGAACCAGAAGAAAUGGCAAUGGAUGAAAUUUUGAAGGUUUUAGAAGAUCUCGUAUUGAAGACUGAUCCUAGUUGUGAAAAUACCGAGCCACCGCUACUUCCGACGGAUGCUGUUACGCGUGCUGCUAUAUUGUCCCACAGUAUUUCGGCUCUUUUUGGUAGGCUUGAAAGAAAUCAUGCGGCAAGGCUUGGAGCUCAUAUAGCUAGUGAAACUACACUUUGGAUGUCGCAUAUGUUUAAACUCACAGACUAUAGUGCAUACUACCACCAAGAACACAUGGAAGGUUUAGUUAGAGUAACAAGAAUGUUGCUGCAUCACAGAUACCCACGUUACUUAGAGGAUGGGGCAUUGGCAUUUGCAAGCCGUCUACCGAGUAUAUACAGCUGUGUAGCAAGUCCAUUGGGGGUUGUCCAACAUUUGUGCAGACAGCUUGGGCUUCCACUUGCCUGUGUCAGACCAGUGCCUGUUGAUGCUACUGGCCGCGGAAUCGACAUAGAAGCACUGGACAGGCUUUGUGAAGAGGAUAUUAAUGGUAACCGAACCCCACUUUUAGUAUUAGGUGAGGUGGGUGGACCUCCAUUGGGCACUGGGUCGGCACUUCGACCCCUGGCUGAGAUCUGUAAGAAACGGAACCUUCACCUUCACGUCAGAGGACAUGCAUUGGCUUUACCCGCUGCUUUGAAUAGAGAUCAGACCUACAAUAUAGCCGAUUCUCUUACACUUACUCCCGGUUCUUGGUUCGGCGUUCCCGGAUUACCCACUGUCACAUUUUAUAGAAUACCAGAACCUAUUACAGCUAAUGACCACUUGAAGGGAGUGAAUGCGGCGGGUAGUCGCGAAGGGACAUUAGCGGUGUUAGCUGGCCUUUGUAGUGGGUCUGGUCGUCUCAGCGCACUUCCAUUGUGGACCUGCGCACGCGCAGCUGGUGCUAAACGGCUGUCAAGGAGACUCGAUGCGGCCUUUAGAUCUGCGAGGGCAGCACGCGCGCUGGUUGCAAGUGCCGAUUUAAGGGUUUUGAGUGAACGACCGGGCGGCGAUGAACCACCAAAUCUUGAUAUUGUUGAUGCCCUGAGCCAGGCAUCGGCCUGUGUGGCUUUUCAGUUCGCGCCUCCCGGAGUUGAAAGACCGCCGCCGUACUUCGACAAACUAAACUCUUGGCUGGGACAGGUGUUGCAGAGGGAAUCUGAUAUGAUUCACAUAGAAGUAUGCGAAACAGAAAGUUAUGGUGUGGUCCUGAGGUAUUGUCCCCUCGAAGGGUCCCUCCUGGAAGAGGAUUCAGUGGAAGCAUGGGCCUCUGUUCUAGAAGCUCAGCUGCAUGUCUUACACGCAACUGUGGCCUUGAGAGAACCGUUUCAGGAGAGAGUGGCUCAGCAUCCGGCGUUACGGCUGAUCCAUGUACCGGGAUGGGCUGGACUUGGUGGUGUCAGAUACGUUCCAGCGGGCUGGGAAGACGCACCCCCAGAAGAGAUAAACUCGUUAAAUAGAAAAUUAGUUCACACGUUGCGGGCAACAGAUGGCGCUUUUUCAUGUAGCGAAGGCGAGGAUGGUAUGUUUUGUGUAAGAUUCGGAAUGGUAACGGCAGAUACUGAUGUUGAAGAGUUGUUAGAAUUGGUGCUUUCAGCUGGUAAAGAGGUUGAGGAGAGUUCAAAGGUGCUUACAGAUAUGACUGAAGUAUUAAAAAAAGGUAUAGAGGCUGCUCAAGAAGAGUUGGAGCGGGAAGCCUCCCAAGAAGGGUUAUUACGUCGGGUUCCUGUUGUAGGAAGAGUGGUCUCGUGGUGGGCCCCCCCUCCCCCUGUUACCGGAAGACGGCUUCUCCUCACACACGGCGGCACACUGCAAUCUACUAGUGAUGUAUAUAGCUGCGUAAAGAGAGAUAAAGAUGAAGAACCUGCGCGUGCGCAUUCGCCAUCUCGCCGCGAAACGGUCGAGUAACAUCACACACGCCAAAAGCAAUUUACAUGUCGUAUUAUAAGGCACGUAUCUUGGCCAAAUUCUUCAAUAAAUCGUAGAUAACGAUAAACGACGACACUGGCCAACUCAUUUGUUGCACACUAUACCGUACAUACAGUCGACUUCAUACAUUGUCACACCAAAAAUUGCUAUACUGUGAUAUCAAUAUUUUUUUAAUUGGCUGUGCCGUUAUUUUUCGUCUUUGGUUUUUAAUCUGUAGUAAGAUAAGAUUUACACUGUAUAUGAGUUACGCACACAUAUGAAAUUUAAACGCUUGUACAUUUAAAUUUAGAAUGUAGUCUAUAUUCUAAAUUUGAACUUUUAAUUGCCAUAAACGUACUAUUAUUUACCUUAGCAAUACCAGAUAAAACCUUCAAAGGCUAUAAUGUUAUAAGUAUUUUGUCUCGUUCGUUUAAAUUCUAUUAACACUGAGAUGGAAAGAGACGGUGCUUGUGCUUUAUAAUUGUUUAUUUAUGGCUAUAUAGUACGUUUAUAUAUACAUAGUAUUUAUUGAUGUAAAAGUAGUUUUGUUUAUAUGCAGCCGACUGUAUACAACUAGUUUUUAUUAAGGUAAUGUAAUAUACCAUAUUUAUUAUAAAUCCAAAGUUUGAUAAGUUCUUAAGUCGAAGUUAAGGAUAAAAUUUAGAGUUGACACUACUAAGGGCCUGUUUCACAAUGUAUGGAUAAAGUGCCAAAUAGCUAUGCAACACAUAAAUUAAUCGAAAGAUAAAAGUUCCAAAUAAGAUACUUCGAAUUUCAUGACGUAUAGCGCUAUCUGACAGUCGUGAAACGUAAAAAUACUAUUUAUCAGACCAAUAAGUAACCAAUAGCUUAUUUGGAACUUAUCCGGACAUUGUGAAACAGGCCCUUAGUAUGUUAUUUUUGGUACUAACCAAAGGUGAUUUUAAAAUGGUUGUCAAUUUGAGCCUCUGGGCCGUUGUCUAGAUCGUCUAUCAAACUUAAAUCUAGUUUCUGGAGCUAAUUUUUUUUUCUGUAUAAAGACAAGAUUGUGACUUAUACUCUGAUUUUUAAUUCCGUAGAAUUCUGACAAGUAUAAUUUUUUGACAUGUCAGAGAUUACAAACCUUUUUGUCCGGGCACAUUUUAAAAUUCCAAUACGACUAAACAUCAGUCUAUGCAUACAUUUUAUUUUUCAGUGAAUGUAUCCAUUUUAUUAAGUGCGGUGCUCCACAUCAAAAGUAGUUUAACGGCGAGUGAUAAUUAAGUACAUUUUCAUCACAAACAGUAAAAACCACACAAGUAUAUAUAUAAUUUUUUUUAAGUUUACUAAAUCAGGAAUUAAUAGGCAGUGAUGCCAGCCAAAGACUUUUCGCUUUAUCUGUAAAUCCACGUUGCUCAAUGCACACUUAUGAAUGUCCGAAAUGCUUCUAAAUUUACAUUUACUGCUGAGAGAUUUCAGGUCCACUUCUUCUAAAAUUUGUUAAUUUUCAGCUUAAUUUUACUUCCGCAUUGUGGACACACAAUUUUGUUUUAUGACCUUUAUUUGUCAAAUUAUGAGCUUAUAAAGAAUGUUCGAUUUAAAAAAAAAAUAGUUUUACAAAACGGUUACAUAGAAACAUAACAUACAUAUACAAAACCGGAUCUAAACUUUUCAAAUCAGAGUUUUAGUAACUUCAAUAUAUAUAUUUUUAUAAAUAUAGCGUGACCAGAAGAUUUAAAAUGGGAUCUGUAAUAGGCAAUAAAUAAAUUAAUAAACAUACACUUCACGUGAAAUACCCAUCAAAUCAAGGGCUUAGAUCGGACAAGAUGAACUGGUAAUACACAAAGUAGUACACCCUUUUUGCUAAGGUGUUUUACAAAAUAUUUGAAAGCUCCAUCCUGCAAAAGAUCAUCUUACGCGAGAAAUUUGUGUACAAACAUACAAACGUAUUUG